UCAGCGCAUAGUUAGAUGUUAAAGCUUACCGUUUACGUUAGUUUCUUAUAUUUAAAUAAAAAGGUAAUCGAAGUGACAAUGUCUUGGGACGAUGGUAAGCACGCGAAGGUGAACAAAGUCCAGAUUACGUACGAUGACGUCAUCUACUCAAUCCAGGUCACGUACGCCGGAACCGCUCUUCAAUCCCAGCGCCGUGGCUCCGUUGGGCCCAAAACUGCCGAGUUCACUUUGGGUCCGGACGAGUACAUAACGUCUCUGUCUGCUUACGGCAAAACGCUGACCACGCAAGAAGUUAUCACGGCGUUGACUUUCACAACGAACAAGGGGACUUAUGGUCCCUACGGAAACAAAACUGGUUACCAGAUCUCUGCUCCGGAAGGUUCCGGUAAACAGAUCGCCGGUUUCCUUGGUACGAGCGGCAAUGUUCUCAACUCCAUCGACGUUCACUACGCUCCCAUACCCACUGGAACCGGCGGAACCGGAACCGGAGGAACAGGAACUGGUGGAACCGGGACCGGUGGAACUGGUGGAACCGGGACUGGUGGAUCCGGGACCGGUGGAACUGGAACUGGGGGAACCGGAACCGGUGGUACUGGCACGGGAGGAACAGGAACUGGUGGAACUGGUACGGGAGGAACCGGAACUGGCGGAUCAGGGACCGGUUCAGGGGCUGAAAAGUUGGAUGCACAAGGUGGCACAGGAGGAACUGCAUGGGACGACGGAUCCGAUCACGACGGCCUAACAAAGAUAACCGUAAGAACAGGUGGGGUAGGCGUUCAAUACGUUCAGUUCGACUAUGUGAAAGCCGGACAACCGAAACAAGGAGCCCUCCGUGGUGUGCAAGGAAGUAGAGGUUUAACACGAGAUUUUUUGAUUAACCAUCCGGACGAGCAUCUGGUUUCAGUCGAGGGUUGGUACGAUCCCUCCAAUGUCAUCUUGGGAAUCCAGUUCAAAACUAACCUGAAGACUUCUGAUUACUUCGGCUAUGAGUUCGAUGGUACUGGUACUAAAUUUACUCUCCAAGUUCAAGACAAAAAGAUCAUUGGGUUCCACGGUUUCGCCAGCGACCAUCUCAAUUCCAUUGGAGCUUAUUUCGUUCCCGUAUCCUCCACCCCCACCAAUCCUAACGUUCCACCCACGAAGCUUGACGCUAAGGGUGGUGAGUCUGGAGCUGAGUGGGACGAUGGUGCUCACGACGAUGUUAAAAAGGUCUCUGUUGGACAAGGCACAGAUGGUAUAGCAGCCGUCAUGUUUGAAUACAGAAACGGUUCUUCAGUUGUUAUUGGAGCUGAACGUGGGACACCAACAAUGCUUGGAUACGAAGGGUUUGAGCUUGCAUCUGAUGAAUACAUAACCAUCGUGGAAGGAACCUUCGACAAAAUCUUAGGAAGUGAUGGCCUGACACGUCUCACUUUCCAUACUAACAAGGAUACAUAUGGUCCGUAUGGUAUCGAAGGUAGUGCACACUUUGACUUCAAGGCGGAAGGUCACAAGAUAACGGGGUUCCAUGGACGAGCUGGUGCUACUAUUACUGCUAUUGGAGUUUACUUAGCUCCAUUAGGUACCACCCCCUUGAUUCCUGCAGAACCAAGCAAGAAGCUAGACGCUAAGGGUGGUGAUGGAGGAGCAACAUGGGAUGAUGGCGCUUUCGACGGCGUACGCAAAGUGUCUGUAGGACAAGCCGAAGAUGGUAUAGGAGCGGUUAAGUUUGUGUACAACAAAGGUUCUUCUGAGAUCGUAGGAGAUGAACAUGGAAAGAGUACUCUACUCGGAUUCGAAGAGUUUGAGCUUAACUAUCCAAGUGAGUACAUCACGGAAGUACAUGGCACAUGCGACACAAUCUUUGGGAGCCAAUCCGCGAUCAUUACCAUGCUUACGUUCAAGACUAAUAAGCCAGCAACAUAUGGUCCCUUUGGGCUUACUGCUGGCCCACCCUUCGAACUCAAACUGGAUGGCCACAAGAUUGUUGGGUUCCAUGGAAGUGCUGGUGAUCUGCUUCACAAAUUUGGAGUCCAUGUCCUUCCCAUCAACUGAUUCCUGGAGAUCUUGAAUUUGUCACACUUUUGUGGUCUUUUGCACGUUGAACUUUGAAUUGCUGUUUCUGGUUUCUGUUUGUUUCAUCGCUUCAGUGGUUGACGUCUUUUCUUUGUGUUAUUGUUCUGUCUUUUGUUGGAUUUGUGAUCCAUUUUAAUAAAAGAAGCGUGUUUCAAUUGUUU